AUGUUUUUUUACAACGCCCUGAGGCACACCAUUCAGCUCCACCCGAGCUACUUUGGUCCCAACAUCGUCCAGCACUGUGAGUUCUAAGCCCGCUCGUUCUAAGUUGCUACAAAUGCGAAGAAGCUGCUGCAUUACGGUGGGACGAGAUAGCUUUGACGGCCGGCUGUAUGCGCACGGAGAUUGGCUACAUGUCAGCAAGCGCAGCAGCGAAGAGGCUUGACAAGCCAUCGAUGUGUGCCACUUUAGCAUAGUUAGGAGGUGGGGCUGAUCGCUCAAGCUUGUCCUCUUUUCUGAGCAGUGGAGCUGCAGCUUAAGAUGGAGGUCGAGGGGACCUGCAGCGGAGAAACGGGGUACAUCGUGAAAGUUAUGAAGGUGAUCGACAUCGGAGAUGGUCUCAUCCUUCCUGGAAGCGAGGGAAGAGCCGAAUUCAACAUGAAGUACCAUGCCAUUGUACUCAAACCGGUGAGCGCCCAAGUGAUGUUGCUGUUCAGGUCGAUUUCGGCUGAUCUGACGAUGCGACCUACUUCCACACAGUUCAAGGGAGAGGUCGUGGAUGUGAUCGUGACGAACGUGAACAAGGUGAGAGAUUUGUCUGACAUCUUCGGGAGGGUCGGUCGCGGAUGUCCCACACACUAAUCGAUGCAUGCCUCGCCACCACAUAGAUGGGCUUCUUCGCCUCGUACGGACCCGUCGAGGUCUUCACCUCGGUUCACCUCUUGCCCGUGGACUACAAGUUUCAGCCCGACUCCAACCCGGCUGAGUUUGUCUCUCAAGAUGGCACUGUGAGUCGCGAUCAGCUUCGCCCGCAGCAGUCCUAGCGUUCGGAUUGGUAGCGGAUCUACGAGUUAGCUGUGACUGACAAUUGCCCGGCCCCGUCACAGACCAUUGUGAAAGGCAAAAAAUGCAGGAUCAGAAUUGUAGGCACGCGCGUCGAGGCCAACGAAAUCGUGAGUCGGAGCUUCGGACCGGCUAGGGGCGGUGCAGGGAUGCAGAGUCCUCCAAAGUGCUGGCUUGCAGGUGUUCCGCGGUACCUGGAGGAAAGAAGCGGAGUGUCGUUCGAAUGUUCGCCUCAUGUGGUCUGAACACCUCGCGUCUGGUCUCUCGCACAGUUCGCCAUCGGCCUCAUGAAAGAGGACUAUCUCGGUAAGUUUGCACAGCUGAGCAUCGCGCUGCGCAAUAUGCGGCAUGCUCACGAUGUCCCACUUCGCUUUCGAUUUCAGGUCCAUUCGAUUAG